CGGAUGUCGACAUAUUCCCAUAAAUUACAACCACCCACAACCAAAUCACAGCUUAUCUCAUUCCUAUCCACCGUUUUGAACCAUUCCAUACCAUCCAUAGAAUCUCUAGGCACCGGUGUAGUGUAUGCCCAACUACUUCACAAGUUAUAUCCAGAUUUUCCGAUACACUCCAUCAAUGACAAUCCAAAAACAGAACCAGAGCGAUUCAACAACUUGAAGAUUGUGCAAAGAUAUUUAGUGAAAAUGAACAUAGUGGUAUUCUUUCCGGUAGAUAAAAUGGUUGGUUGCAGAUUGCAGGAUAAUCUGGAGGUUGCGCAGUUGAUGGUCAAACACUACUUUGAAAUGUGCUACAAUGAUCGGAAAAGUACUAAGAAAGGAGCAAAGAACGGCCUAAUGGUAGAUCACAAUGGUGAUAACGGACCUAAGUACGAUUUGAUAGAGCGGAGUAAAGAGAUAAGAAAGGUAAAAUAUAGCGGAAAAAAUUCAAAAACAGACCUGGAAAGGAGAUAUAAUAGCGUAAAAAGAGAUAACAGGCGAUUGAACGACGAGAUAAAAUGCGUUAAUGAACCGAGAGUUGGAAGCAAUCAUGAUAUUAUCACUGAAAUCGGCUUGAAUGAUCGCUGCACUCCUGAGCAAUCAGGUAUUGAGAGCGAUAUUUUAUACCGAGCAGCUAAGGAUAGGAUAGGUACAUUGAAAGUAAGAGAGCCUGUGAAUAACAUCAACACAAGAACAAGAGAUGAUGAUUUGUUGGAAAAUUGCAGAACACAACUGGACAGUGCCGAACAGAAAUUGAAAGUGUUCACGGAGUUCAUCGUGCAAUUAGAACAAGAGAGGAAUUUCUAUUACGAAAAACUGCUGGAAAUUGAAAAAGUGGUAAUGUCCAGUGAUCAGGAUGACGGCAAGGGCAAGGUGCUGGAAAUACUGAGGAGAAAGAGGUAAUUCGUAGAUGGCAAGGAUAAUGCAUCACUACCACCAGUUGAUGAGAGCAGUUGUAAAAAUAAAGCGAUGUUAUUUGGA